GUUGGCUGCGGCGGCGCAGAGGCUGGAUCCGCGGCGCAGAAAUCCCAGCUGCGGCCUGGCGGACAGAGGUCAGGGUGGCCAGGCCGCUAACAGGACCGCGCUGGGCGCGCCUAAGAGCCUUCUUGACUUCUAAAGAAAAUGGCAGAAACAUCACCAGAGCCUUCUCAACAGCUUGUUGUUCACUCAGACACUCACAGUGACACUGUCCUGGCCAGUUUUGAGGAUCAGCGGAAGAAAGGCUUUCUCUGUGACAUUACUUUAAUCGUGGAGAAUGUGCAUUUCCGGGCCCACAAAGCCUUACUUGCUGCUAGUAGCGAAUAUUUCUCAAUGAUGUUUGCAGAAGAAGGGGAAAUUGGCCAGUCCAUUUAUAUGCUGGAAGGCAUGGUUGCAGACACCUUUGGCAUCCUGCUAGAAUUUAUCUACACAGGUUAUCUCCAUGCUAGCGAGAAAAGUACAGAACAAAUCCUGGCUACUGCUCAGUUCUUAAAAGUCUACGACCUGAUAAAGGCUUACACAGACUUCCAGAAUAAUCAUAGCUCCCCAAAGCCAACGACUUUGAACAGAGCUGGUGCUCCAGUCGUUGUUAUUUCUAAUAAGAAAAAUGAUCCUCCAAAGCGGAAACGGGGAAGACCAAGAAAAGUCAAUAGUUUGCAGGAGGGGAAAUCAGAACAGGCUGCAGAGGAAGAAAUCCAGCUAAGAGUGAACAAUUCGGUUCAGAACAGACAACAUUUUGUGGUUAAAGAAGGAGACAAUGGUGUACUGCAUGAACAGACUGCAGUAAAAGAAAAGGAAGGAUCUGACCCUGCUUGUGAGCCAGGUAGAGUGGAGGAGAUUCCCACCGAAAAAGAUGAGAACUGUGAUCCCAAGAUCCAGGAUGGGCAGGACAACCAGAGUAGAUGCAGCAAGCGGAGGAUUCGGAGGUCUGUCAAACUUAAAGAUUAUAAACUUGUUGGGGAUGAAGAUGACCAGGCUUCAGCCAAGAGGAUGUAUGGGAGGAGAAAGCGCCCCAGUGGUCCUGAGGCCCGUUGUAAAGACUGUGGCAAAGUCUUUAAGUACAAUCACUUUUUAGCAAUCCAUCAGCGGAGCCACACAGGGGAGCGACCCUUCAAAUGUAAUGAGUGUGGAAAAGGCUUUGCCCAGAAGCACUCCUUGCAGGUCCACACCAGGAUGCACACAGGCGAGCGGCCGUACACCUGCACCGUGUGCAACAAGGCUCUGACCACCAAGCACUCACUACUGGAGCACAUGAGCCUGCACUCAGGACAGAAGUCUUUCACCUGUGAUCAGUGUGGAAAGUAUUUCAGCCAGAAAAGACAACUAAAGAGUCAUUACCGAGUUCAUACAGGCCAUUCAUUACCGGAAUGCACCCACUGUCAUCGCAAAUUCAUGGAUGUGUCUCAGCUAAAGAAACAUCUACGAACACACACAGGUGAAAAGCCAUUUACUUGUGAAAUCUGUGGCAAAUCUUUCACAGCAAAGAGUUCUCUCCAGACCCAUAUCAGAAUUCAUCGAGGAGAAAAACCAUACUCCUGUGGCAUAUGUGGCAAAUCCUUCUCUGACUCCAGUGCCAAAAGGAGACAUUGCAUUCUGCACACAGGCAAAAAACCUUUCUCCUGCCCUGAGUGCAACUUGCAGUUUGCUCGCUUAGACAACUUGAAGGCUCACUUGAAAAUCCACAGUAAAGAGAAGCAUGCAUCGGAUGCCAGCAGUGUUUCUGGUAGUAGUAGUAAUACAGAAGAGGUCAGGAAUAUUCUUCAGCUACAGCCAUACCAACUCUCUACCUCCGGAGAGCAGGAGAUUCAGCUUCUGGUAACUGAUUCUGUACAUAAUAUCAAUUUCAUGCCUGGUCCUAGUCAGGGAAUCAGCAUCAUGACUGCUGAGAGUUCCCAGAACAUAACUGCAGACCAGGCUGCUAAUCUCACCCUGCUCACACAGCAGCCAGAGCAACUGCAGAAUUUAAUUCUUUCAGCUCAGCAGGAACAAACGGAACACAUUCAGAGCCUCAAUAUGAUCGAAAGCCCGAUGGAGCCUUCACAGACAGAGCCAGUGCAUGUAAUCACACUGUCCAAGGAAACCCUGGAACAUCUUCAUGCCCAUCAAGAGCAAACAGAGGAGCUCCAUUUAGCAGCAAGUACUUCAGAUCCAGCUCAGCACCUGCACCUGACUCAGGAGCCUGCAUCGCCACCACCUACUCACCACGUGCCCCCGCCCACUCCACUUGUCCAGGAACAAAGCUGACCUGUGAACAUGUUUGACUGCUCCAGCUAUAACAGGAUGGUAAAUGCUUGAAGUCAGGCUCUCUGAGAUGCCAACUUAGGUCCUUACAGAGAUGUGAUAGCCAUAAGAUGUUUAUAAUGUGCUCUGUCUGGGCAGCUAACUGUGUGUGUGUGUGUGUGUGUGUCAUGUCUCAUCUAUAGUACCAGUUUGGGUUUAGCAUUUCAAUAAUGAUAAGUGGUUUUCAUUUCAUCUAUAAUUUCUUUUAAAGAAUAGGGUAAUUUUUCUUUGGGGCAUUGAUUUAGACUUUUUUUGGUAAGUAUUAAAUGUUCACCAGCCAUGGGUUAUGACCUUCCAGGUGUAUUCUUUAUUUUUUAGAACAAAGAAAGUCAUAUAUAGACUGAAUUGGGUGGAGCAGUUGCUUCUACUCCUUUAUUUCUCUUAGGCAACACAGUUGCCAGUCCAAGAUAAGUCAGGGUGAAAUAUGACAAAUCACAACAUUUAGAGAAUUUGUCCUUUUAAUAAAAAUUUCUGAUCCCCUAAGAGUAAUUUGAUCGCCUAAGAGUAAUUUUUAUUUUUUUCUGUGCUGGGUAUUGAACCCAGGUCCUCUCACAGGCUAGGUAAGUUCUCUACCACUGAGCUACAUCCCUUUCCCCUUUUUUUCCUUAUUUUGAGAUAGCAUCCUACUAACCCCAAACUUGCCGUUCUCCUGCAUCAGCCUCUUGAAUUGCUGGGACUACAGGCAUGUAACCACCAUGAUGGGUAACAGAAAGUUGACAUUUAAUCUUUGUGCAGUAUGGUGGACUAACCAUGCUUACAGUAUAUUCAGGCCCAUAUAACCUAUAUUCAUAACUCAAAAUUCAUAACAAGAAAGCCAAAAGUAGCCGGCACAGUGGCACAUGCCUGUAAUGCCAGCCUCAGCAAAAGCAAGGCGCUAAGACCCUGUCUCUAAAUAAAAUGCAAAAAAGGGCUGGGGAUGUGGCUCUGUGGCCAAGUGUCCCUGAGUUCAGUC